CCAGUGUCAACACUGCCUUUCGAUCAACCACCAACACAUCUUCUUAAGGCCAGUAUUUUCGGCGGCAACAGGUAAAGGAUGGCAGACGUGCUCACUUUCACUGAUCAAGGUUGACUGGACUCUGCCAUUUGCACUGACUAUGCCUCGAGCACCACGGCGCGUUCCGCAACACACCCACGAGGCCGUAACAACGACUCCGACCCGUCCAACGACCACCAACGCAAUCACAGCAGCAAUCCCUCCUUUUAUGCUCGACACCCCUCCGCAUGCUCCAUUCUUGACUACUCCCCUUCCUCCGUCGAAUAACCCCGGAAACUCCAUUGUGCCGGAAGCCAAUGCACCACGCCGUCCGCAAGGGAGACACCAAGCAACGCCCGUGGACAAUGGGAAUCUACACAGCGAAGGGUUAGAUCACUCCCAACCAUCAAACAAUGCCUUGGGUUCGGUGACAUCGGAUGCGGAACAUGCAGAAGAACAAUCUUUUUUCGGUUCAGUGCAACACGAUGCGGAGGAUGCGAAACAGCUUAAAGGGCUGAGGGACAUAUCAUCACUGGCGACGUGGACAUUGUCUUCAUCAAAGCCUGGCUGCGGUCUCGCUCAGCUGCGAAAUCCCAGUCCGGGUCUCUUUUGGCAGAGCGACGGACCACAGCCUCAUACAUUGACGCUGCAUUUCUUCAAAUUGGUGGCUAUUGUCAAGCUGAGAAUUUAUCUGGAUUUUGAGUUGGACGAAUCGUACACCCCGACCAAGAUGAAUUUCUACGCGGGCAUGUCAGAAGGAGGCUUGGUCGAAUUUGGCUCCUGGGAGGUUGAGGAGACGACGGAUCCAGAGACGGGCGAACCGCAUAGCAGCAUAGAAGGGGUUAGAGGAUGGAUUGAUGUGCCUUUGAAGGGCGUUGGUGGGCGUGAGGUACGAUAUCAUGAAGACGAGGCUAUGCUCGGUAUUGCAGGAUCUAGCUCAGAUCCUUCUCAGCCAACUUUGGACGAUUCAUUUGGAGGAGACGUACUGAAGGCCAUGCUUGUUCAAGUUCGGAUCUGCGAGAACCACCAAAAUGGCAAGGACACUCAUGUUCGAGGCUUUCAGGUCUUUGCUCGGGACCAUACCACCCCGGCCCAGGUGAAGAUGAAGACAAGGAGUAGAUACCGUGGGACCGCACAUGAGGAUGAAGAAGAGCUCGAGCAGGUUGUUGGCCUCAAGCUGGCUGAUUGGAUGGGUGAUCCUGAAAUCCGAUAGACCAUCAACUUGUGCAGGGACAAGUGUGAAUGGUAUUAGAGGUACGACAUAAACAGGCCCAUGUUGGUAGCCUUGGAUUGAAGCUACCAUUGACGUUGGGGAUGGAUAUCGUGGCUCCAGCAUUCUUUGAGAAGAAGUAACCUGGAAGCAGGCGCAGGCAGUGGCAGCGCAAGUGAAGGGAAUAUCCCUAUCCUGGAACUAUCCAUUCUUCCUUGCUUUCAUUCAUCCCCUUCAUCUUUCUACGGCAUCUACGUACCUGAUUCAACUUUCUCUGCUACCAAGUCUCCUCGAUCCCACGAAGACUACUCAAGACAUCAUCAUGCCUACGUCGCGACUUCCUCUAUCUAGCCUUUUGGGGCUUCUCCUUCUCCCGAUCAUAUUGCUUCUGAGGGGAACGUUGUCACAAG